UCACAGUCAGGUGGUAAAGCCUCUGGGACAGACAUGAAGGACCCACAACUCCCUGGCAUCAAAACACGGCUAUGGCCAAAGCCAAAAAUGAGCAAAAAUGCCACAGACGACUCCACAAAAGUGGAAAAGUCAGCAUCUCCCCUGGCUUCUGCUGCCACCAGUGUCAUUCCACAGCUCACCGAGGCAGAAAGAGUCAAGCAGACUCCCAUCGAAAGGGUCAUCUAUGACAUGGCGCACAACGAGAGGAUAGUUAGGGACCUGAUGCUCGGUCGGCGGGUUGGGUUUUAUGAGCUCCGUGGAGAGGUCGGCCAGGGAAACUUCUCUACAGUGAAGCUGGGCAUCCAUGCCUUGACUAAAGAGAGAGUUGCUGUUAAAAUUAUUGACAAGUUGCGUCAAGACAAGAAGAGCCAGUCUUUGGCCUCCUGUGAGAUCAGCUGCAUGGAGAAGCUGAGCCACCCCAACGUAGUGCGCCUUUACGAGGUGAUAGAGACCACCAGAAGGCUGUACCUGGUGAUGGAGUAUGGCAGCGGGGGGGACCUGUUCUCCAGAAUCACCAGCAGGGGGAAGCUGAACGACCUGGAAACAAAGCUGGUGUUUGCACAGAUCAUCUCCGCUGUGAAACACAUGCAUGACAACAACAUUGUGCACCGGGAUCUUAAAGCCGAGAACAUCUUCUACACCACCAACUACUGCAUCAAGGUUGGGGACUUUGGUUUCAGUACAGAAUGCGGCCCUAAUGAGCUACUCACCAGUUUCUGUGGCUCCCCACCUUACGCUGCACCCGAACUCUUCAGGCAGAAAGGUUACGUCGGACGCUAUUCGGACAUCUGGGCUCUAGGUAUUCUCUUGUACUUCAUGGUGACAGCAACUUUACCCUUCUAUGGAGACAACCUUGGGAGGCUGAAGCGCUGCAUCCUGCAGGGGUCUUACAGCAUUCCUUCGUUUGUACCUGAUCCGUGCCAGCUUCUCAUUAAGGGCAUGCUGCGGAUUGUGCCUGUGGACCGCUCCUCCAUCACAGAGAUUACAAACAGCACUUGGCUGAAGGGGAUAGAGUAUCCUCGCCCAUAUGUCUCUUUACCCACAUCUCCAGCCCACUUUGCCCAGGCCAAUCAGACUCUGAGUAUGGAGGAGCAGGAGGUAAAGAAUUUCCUCUCAGGUUUAGGCAUUUCAAAGGUUCAUCUGGAAAACAAUCCAUGUUUAGACUGUAGAAGUCCUGUGACGGGGACCUAUAGGAUCCUCCUGCAUCGGGCUCAGAAGAGGAGGCUUGUGGAGGCCGUGGGAUACUCGGCGCAUCACCCUGAUGAGUACGGGAGUCCUAGCAAAUGGUCGGAAGCAUCUGUUGGCAAACACCUUCCCUCUGCUGUCUGUGUGAUACUGUAAUAUACAUUAACAGUAGUGGACCUGGUGACGGAUGUUGGUUCAGGCCUUGUCCACACUAACAUGGAUUAUCUGCAAACCAGAGAUUUUCUUUUCCUCUGUGUCUGAGAUUUGUGUCAUCUGUUUUCAAUAUGGAGGUCAGUUUUCAGUGGCGUAAUAGAGGCCCACUUUGCACAUGCCUACUCUGGCUUUUUGUGCUAGAAUCCACAACAAUAGAGCAAUUUAUAGGUAUUUUAUUUCUGAUUCUGUUACCUUCAAACUGAACUGAAAAAGUUAUUGGCUGAGAAUAAAGGGCAAACUGAGUCAAAAAACACAAGCUGCAGUUGUUAUUGGAGACAACUGCAGCAUUUUAGCACUGCUUUUCCAUGCUCAGGGUCUUCUUCUUUUAAAUUUAAAUGAAUGUAGUUGAUGUUGUCAUUAUUCCAGGGACUGAAAUGUUUUUAAUGGGAAGUGCAGUGGCCUAGUAUUUAUGGGAGUUAGGAACCAUAGCUGCCUACAAAUAACUAAAAUCAAUGAAUACUUGAGACUCCCUCUAAAAAUGCUUAAAACUACCUAUUUCAAUAGUUCACACAUAUCAAAUACACCAUAUUGCACAGCGGAAACUAUCUUAGCACUUAAGCAUCAACUAAUAUUUACUGUCUUUCUUAUUUCCCCUCUUGUGGAUAUAGUCGAUCUGUGCCAAGGAAAAGAAAUGAUGCUCCUGGAUGACAACCAAUAAUGCAUCAAAUAUUUAUUAGAUACGUCAUCUUACCAAUGCUGCAUUUUCUUUUGACUAUAAUAGAUGUGCUCUACAAAAUAAAAACUGCAAACAAGCUGUUUUUUCUGCAGAUACUUUGCAGCUACAUUCCACAGAAAAUCCACCAAUUGGUGAAUCCAUGGAUAGAAAGGGAUCCACUGUGAAGGAACAAAUGUUAUUUUUGCCCCCCCAAAAAUCCAUAUAAACAUAUCAGAGUUUUGUCACAUGUGGAUCAAAUUGACCAAUGCAUGGAGGAUGAGGUCUCCCAAGUGAUAAGCUGUAGCUUUCUGUUCUGAUUACAACAAGCUUACUGACUCAGAACAUUAUCUCUGAAUGGCUAUCAGCAUCUUCCAAUCCCUCUUAGUCAGGACAUAAACCCUCAGAGUAAUGCAAGGCCACAGGUAAUGUUAAUAGGGGAGACACAGACAACAUGCUUUUUUCCAAUCAAAUGAAAGUUGGAUGUUAACAACACAUCCAGGAAACGAGGCAGAUCAUAUGAGUUGACAAUUCAUGGAUUCAGAUUAAUGCCUGUGCAUGCAUGGGAGUAAAUACAGAACCUUCCUCGCAGCUACAGACACAUCUGGGACACAUACGUUGUUCUGUGAUUGUGUGUUUGAUCAACUUUUUUGCCAUUUGUUUUUUGUUUUAAGUAAAAAUUGAUGAAUGCUUUUGAAAACUGGAUUGCAUUCAAUGCCACAUCUCCACAUGAUUAUAAUCAUGACAGAAGUGAGAUGCAUUCAUCAAAAUGGUUUGCUCUAGGAUGUAAAAUGUUUCAGUUUUUGCUUUAAGCCUGAAGGAUCAAUAAAACUUGAUACUUGUGGAGAGAGUUCUCGGAAAUUUUGGACUGAAUGCUGAAACAGGAAACGUAUGUCUUCUUAGUCCUUUUUUCUUCCAAAUUUUAUCUCUAGAUUUUAAAUUGAUGUUCUUUCCGUCACAUCUCUUGUACCUCACAUUUGGGAUUUGCCUUCAGGGAUUUAACCCAAGCGUGACUCCCUCCCAUAAUCAUCAGCCCCCAGUUUACUGCCAGUUCUGACAGGGUCCGCAGGCACCUGUUCUGUCAUAAAGCCAGUUGUAGCGACUUUGGGUUUCGCAAUGGAGUGUUAAUCCUUCAGCCUGCUGCCUGUUCACACAUGAACGUGUAAACAUCUCAAUGGUAGGAGCCAAUACUGAGAUAUUAUCAUAGUCUGUUUAAGUGCCAAGAUGUUUUUGAAUAGCUGUUUAUUUAGAAAAACUCGUUCUUGCUCAAUGUUGUUUCGACUUCAGAAAAAUUUAAUCUGCAGUAUUGUCUGCACAAUCAUUCUUAGCCAGGAUGUUAUGAUUUCAUGUGGUGUCACUGAAAAGCAAACUUUAGAGAUAGCAGCAUCUAUCUUCAGCAUUUCUUUGCAAAAAAAGUACAAGACAAUGGAAGUAAUGAUUUCAGAGCUUUAUAUCUAGAUAAUUAAACUAGUAAGAACAUUAGAUCAGUUAGCCUGACUGCAAGUUUGAGGGAUAUACUUAUAUAAACUACCUACAAGGGAAUGUAAAUCUGUUUGAUCAUGUUAACUAAUGCAUGACUGAAAAUAAAAUGAG